GUGAAAAUAUGAUAAUCCUAGGAGGGAGAGGAAAAACUUAAUAUUGGAAACUGGUGCAAAUUUCAUUGGCCAAUUAGUCUACGGCCAAUCAUUGACCGUUAAGUUUGUUGUACUACUGUUUCAAAAGGCUCGCGUUUUACUGUACCCUCUGUUCAGCCCUAGAGUAGUAUAUGUUGCUCUAAUUGAUCAGAUAUGGAGCUUUCUUCAACACUUUUUAUAACAUCGAAUGCUUCUAAAUCAUAACUACUGUUAACAGUAAUAUCCUGGAGGCAUUAUUUCAAUCCUAUAAAUAGAUUGAUGAACGAUAGAAUAUACGUGAAACUACAAAUUUAAAUAUCAUAGUCUAUGGGAGUACAGCUCUAAAUCAGGAUACAUGUCGUUAUAAAAUACUUAAUUAUGCUUAUGCGGUUUGUUUUUGCAAUAAUUGUACUCAAUAUAUUCAUGCAUCAAGUCCAAUUAAAUCUUGCCAUUAAACUAAUAAAAAUGAUUAUUCAAACAGCAAUGUAUGGCCUGAAUGCAGCUCCAAUAGUAGUACUAAGUUUAUAUGCCUCGGUAAAUUAUGUUUUUACCGUUCUCAGCUUUUUGCUACAGUCUGAAGCAAGCCAUUUACGGUAACAACCCGAUGUUUAUUAUUUGUAUUCCGAGGGUUACAACAUUAAGAAAAAAAC